AAGCAUUCAAGAGUCAUACAUUCAAAUUCAUUGCAACAAUGUCGCCGGUACCCGCGUCGCCGGCGCCAUCGGCCAAGCCGCGCCAGUCUGUGCGCAUGAAGCGCAUGAAGUUGAUUCUCCAGAAGGCACUGGAUGUGUCAGUCCACACUGCGUCGCUUGUGGACCUGCGUGCGUGUCUGGAGAGCGAAUGUCGCGGCGACGAGGAGCUAUUGGCUGCUUUCUUCCCGCCUCCGACCCCCGAGAGCCCGGAACUCCAUAAUACCGAGGAAGUGGCUGCUCAGGCAGUGCUGAGCUUACGACAGAAGGUAGAAACGCUAUUUGAGUGGCUGUGCGAGACCCACGACGUGGACACGGAGCUGCUGGAGCUCGAGGACGGCAUCAAACAAGCCGAACAACGACGACUACGUCAAGAAGAGAGAAAGCAGAAAGAUCAGGACGAGAAGAAACAAGAGGAUAAGGAAGAGCAACCGGAGCAGGAACAGGUGUCACCUGAAGCUCGAAUUCGAGCCGAACGGCUCCUAGCCAAGCAGGAAGAGCAGAAGGAGCUCGAGGCUCUAGUAGAGACAUUGGAAGCCAAGAACAAGGAGCUACAGAAAGUAGUAGAGGAGAAACGACGCAUAGCUACUGCCGACGUACAGCGGAUGCAGCGUGCAGCCAUCCAACUGGAAGAGGCAAGCCACCUCGCCAAGGACUAUGCCUCUGCUCCCUAAUUUUGUUUAACGAAUCUGGAAUAUCUAGUAUUUUAUGUUUAUUUUGGUCGAGUAACUGUAAUUUUUCUGCUAGAACUAGUGGGACUGGAAAAAGUUCUGCGCUGCAUCUUGUAGGACCUGACGGGACAUGGCC